CACCGCGAUAGCAAAGACAACAAUCUUGAUAUACCUUUUGAAUUUACUGAGAAAUCCAAGAAGCGAGCUGAACAGAUCAUAGCUAAUUAUCCAGAAGGUCAUAAGAAUGCUGCUAUUAUUCCACUGCUCGAUUUAGCUCAGAGGCAACAUGGUUGGCUUCCUCUGACCGCAAUGAAUUAUGUUGCCGAUUAUCUUAGCGUAUCUCGUAUGAGAAUAUAUGAAGUCGCUACAUUUUAUACUAUGUUUAAUAGGUAUCCCAUGGGUAAAUAUCAUAUACAAAUUUGUACAACAACGCCAUGUAUGUUGCGGGAUUCCGAUAGUAUCUUGAAUGUGAUUAAGUCAAAGCUAGGUAUCGAGAUCGGUCAGACUACCAAAGAUGGAUUAUUUACACUUUCUGAAGUGGAAUGCUUAGGAGCAUGUGUUAAUGCUCCGAUGGUACAAAUUAAUGACGAUUAUUAUGAGGACCUUACCACCAAUGACAUGGAAGAAAUUUUGGACUCGCUGAAAGCUGGUUCAAAACCUACGGCUGGGCCCAGGAGUGGCCGUAAAUGUGCUGAACCAAUUACUGGACUAACAAGUUUAAGUUCACCACCUACCGGUCCUGGAUUCGGUGUAAGGGACGAUUUGUAG